UGCCGUGAUAUCCGGAGUUCUUUUAACAAUAUCACCGCUAUAUCUACCAACAGCGGAGCUCGUGAGCUGCAUAUCAUGGUAUAACCCGCUGUUUGACUGAUCCUGACGGUGAGCACUGGGGCACUGAGUAGUGGUUGCCUGGAGAAUUCCCAGAGCUGCCCGAGCAUGCGACGAGCUCGAUUCCAGAAUCUAGCUCUUCUUUUUGUUUCCAGGCGUUUCGAAUCUGGCUGAAAGACCUUCUGAAUGUCCGUGUAUCUGUGCACAGGAGCGUAGCGAGGACAUACGUUGAUUGAUUCUGGUCUAGUGGCGGAGAUGGGGUCGAGGUUUAGUAUUAGAGUUUCGGCAUGGCUGGUGCCACUUCUGUGCGCGCUUCAGUUGGUAGCUGGGCAGAAUUGUAACAGCACUGUCCAAUGCGCCGAUGGGAGUCUUUGCUGCAGCCAAUACGGUUACUGUGGGAGUACCGAUAAUUAUUGCGUGGCCGGCUGCCAGAAUGGUCCCUGUCGCAGCAACCCUACCCCGCCUCCACCGCCUGCCCCGCCGUCGCCUCCCUCUCCGCCACCCCCGCCUAGGCCCUCCGUCCCGCCGUCACCCUCAUGUGGAGCCGGCAGGAUCAUCACGCGAAAGGUGUUUGAGUUGCUCUAUCCGAAUUACAACAAAUCUUUCUAUUCUUACGAUGCUUUCAUUGUGGCCGCCCGUGCUUUCCCCAAGUUUCUGAAUGAGGGGAACCACCAAGCUCGUCUCCGUGAGCUCGCCGCCUGGAGCGCCCACAUUCAGCAAGAAACCGCUGGCCUAGUUUACGUCGAGGAGAUUGCAAAGUCGAGUGCCUACUGUGAUGCCACAUCGACGAGGUAUCCUUGCGAGCCAAACCAGAAAUACUUCGGUCGCGGCCCUCUUCAGAUAAGCUGGAAUUACAACUAUGGACCUGCUGGUGAAGCUCUUGGCAUCGACAUCCUGAAGCGACCUUUCCUGGUCUCAUUGGACCCCGUGUUGGCCUUCAAAGCCGCCUUGUGGUUCUGGAACAUACCCCGAGAAGGCGGCAUCCCGUCCAUCCACAACGUGAUCAUCGGCAAAUACAAGCGAACACGUGCAGACAAGGCGGCCAACCGCCAGGUCGGAUUUGGAUACACCAUCAACAUCAUCAACGGCGGCAUCGAGUGUGGAAAGGAGACCGCCACCCCUCAAGCAGCAAAUCGCGUCAAAUAUUUCCAAGAGUUCUGCCAAAAGUUACGCGUAUCGCCGGGAAGGAACCUGGACUGCACGAACCAGAAAUCUUUCGCCUAGACGUCGUCAUCUCUGUUUGCAUUGAUCCAUUUGUUGGAUACGGGCGCCUCAUUAUUUAGUUUGAGGCGAUGAAAAUGAACAUGACUGUGCCACAUUAUUCAUUCUUCACCAACAUAGAUACGCCUAACCUAGUUUCGUCGUAACCAUUUUGCACCCUU